AUGAAGCCUCUCUGUACUGCACGCUUCGACAAAGGCCAGACAAAAUGCGCAGCUGUAUAUAUGCCAUAUGUCGCUCCAGCCUGGCACUGUUUUGACAUGGAUUGCGACCCGCUACUGCAACACUACGUGGAGCACGAUUGCGUGAUCCAUGAAAUGAGGACGCUCGAUGAGUACUUUUACCACCGUUGUCGAUUGGAAGAUAUAGGCCAAACGAUGGAAGAUCGCAAUGGUGACCAGGUUUUGAGCAGAUACGCACACAAGCGUCUGGGUGCCAAAGAUGAUCGGGUAUUGGUCAAUGUCGGCCAGCUGUGGGUUUGGAUCGUGGAUAAAGAUACCAUCGUUACAUCUGCGACUCAUCGGCGCGACGGUGAGUUCGAUCCAGUCUUUACGGCUGCACUCGCAGCUUUGCAAAAAUCCAUCGAUGCGGGAGGCAAAAGCCCACAGAACUCGUUUGAGAUGGCGAAUCUCGUCAUGACCUCGUGCAUCAACUUGCUACAUUGGCAAUUUAAGAUGAAUGAGCUACCCAAAUGGAUGAAUUGGCUGGACCCUUGGGAGAAUUAUGGCAGAAUUAUCAGAGGCAAAGUACAGGGUCUCCAAAAGCAAGAAAUCACUUGGACUCUUGGGACAUGCGAGACGCCGCUUGGAGAGGAUGCGAUAUGCAUCAGUGAAAUAUUCGUCACUGUCACCGCCGAAGCCGCAGCAAAAGAAGGCAGACUUUACCAGAAGUUUAUUGACAAACACAAACAAGUGGCCGAGUGCGGGCGCUCCUCCACUCAGGGCGGUGACAGCCCCUCGUCGCCAAACGAUCGCAUUGAGGCUGCCCAACUGUUCCGUGAGAUCAAGGAUAUCCGUGAUGAGCUUAAGAUGCUCCGGGUUAUUGCCGAGUCUCAGCGCUCCGUUCAAAAAGAAUUUCUCGUCCUCGCAAGCAUCCAACCUCAAGCUGGCGGGUUCAAGGACGUUGUCGAUGACCUGCUAGAAAUGGACAAGAAUAUCGAGGUUAUCGAAACAUCUGUCAAUAGAACCUUGACUCUCCAACAAAAUGCAACCGCUAUUGCGCAGACAGACGCAGCGGUAUACCAAGGGCGGAUUCUCUUACUGUUUACGGUCGUCACCAUUGUUUUUCUACCCAUGUCAUACUUUACCUCGCUGUUCGCAGUACAAAUUGACACGUUCCUCAAGACUCCGCCUUGGGCAUUUGGCAUCAUGUUCGGUGCGUCGUCAUUGAUUUCAGUGACAUUGGCCGUCUACGCCUUUUACUCGGACAAUGCGAACGCGCUCGUUAAGCACACUUGGGAGCGCCUAAAUGGUGUCUAUCGCUCUUUUAAGGAAGCCCGAGAUGCUUCGGAUGCCGCGGGUGGUGAGCAAAAUCUGGGCGACGACCGCUCAGCACUGGGCCUCUUUAACUGGAUGCCAAAGCUUGGAGACUACUGGCAGGUUUUUCUUCGUAAACUCGCCUGGUCACGCGCAGUUUACUGGAUACACGUGAGGGCUUCACACUGGCGCGCAAGGCUUCUGGCCUGGUGGCCGUUUCGUGCCAGCCCAGACACUACCUUGCCCCGGGUUGAGUCUACUACACCCUCGGGGCCAUCUGGCUCUAUUGAAAGGCGUCCCGAGAAGCUUCGCAUGCGUUCUUUGGGUAUGAGGCUGACUCCAUGGGCACAUGAGGCUGUGAACGCACAUGGAUUCACGCAAUUUUCAUCACAAGUGUGCAGGCCACGUUAUAAUGAUUGCAGUGGAGCGAAACACUGGUAUCAUUUCGUUCGCCGUGUUGGUGGCACUGGUGACAAGGCCGUCUGGAGUGCAGUGAUGCUGCUGUCGUACAAUAUCAUCUUCCUACAGCUCUUCCUUUCAGUGCAAACCGCGGAAGAGUCACUUGUUUCUCUUCGUGCAGCGCAGUUUGUCUUGGAGCAUGAAAUGCGCAAAGAGGUGCUUCCGUCUGUAAUUGAAGUUUUUCGAUUCAGAAGCAGCCACAAAAGACCCUGUCUCGCAGAAUUUAACGACGUCUGGGCGCAGCACCUCGUUGAGACCCAGAUGUGCGACAAGAUCGUGCGGCACGGCGACUGCUGUGCCUUUGUCAUCGGCAUCGACGUAGAGCCUCUCGAGUACAUGAUCGAAUGCAGUGAACACAUCUAUCUGGCCAUUUGCCGUAUUCUCAUUGCGGGUGCGACCCUUUCCGGUCUGUAUAAUGCGCCAUCGUACACGAGUGGCCCUAUCGAGCCCAGUGACGAUGACCUUUCCGACGACCAGCAGGAGGCGCUGCUAUCGUUCCCUGCAUUUUGCAUGCGUUCAGAGCCAGGAGAUGAUGUAUAA